AAUAAAAAAAAGUCAUGUGAGUCAUUUCAACCUCCCUCUUGGAAACACAGCAGACAUUAGCUCACUCACGUGUAAGCUACCUAAAAGUGUCCCGUCUUCCUGUUAACUCUGUGACUUUAACCCUUCGGCGCAUGCGACACGACACAUGUACACUCCGUCAAAGCACACAAAGAGUCAGUGUACGACCGGCGCUACGCCGCGACGUCAGCGUCUCCGGGACUGGAGCCGAGCUGCUCGAGGCCAGCAGCAACGUCACUCCCUGACGGCGGGCAUCGGGGCAGCACGAGCGGCCGGAUCCGCGCAGCAGCGAGUCGCUCCGGAACUCGGCGGAGGGACACGACGUAGGCUCUCUGGACUGAGCGGACUUCCCGCGUCUGUAGCCCAGGAACAAAACAACAACAACGUAACGCGGGGAUGCGUUCAUUUAUUUGAAGCGCCUAAGUAAUACCCAAGACUCCCAGAGGAACACAAGAUGGUGAUCACCAGCGUGGCAUCCCUCAGAAGGACAUCAGUGGCCGUGGUUGCCGAGAGCAGAUGUUUGCAGUGAAGGAGCUCAGAGCAUACGAGGAGCGGACUGGAGAGGAGGUAGCGACAGGUGCUGCGUGCCGAGGUGGAUCUGCAGGUGUGGAGGACAGCUGAAGAUCAUGGGUAAAUCAAACAGCAAGCUGAAGCCGGAGGUGGUGGAGGAGCUGACGAGGAAAACCUACUUUACAGAGAAAGAGGUGCAGCAGUGGUACAAAGGCUUCAUUAAAGAUUGUCCGAGUGGGCAGCUGGAUGCUGUGGGCUUUCAGAAGAUAUAUAAGCAGUUCUUUCCCUUUGGAGACCCCACAAAGUUUGCCUCCUUUGUCUUCAAUGUGUUUGAUGAAAAUAAGGAUGGACGCAUCGAGUUCUCUGAGUUCAUCCAGGCCUUGUCUGUGACUUCUCGGGGGACUCUGGAUGAGAAGUUGAGAUGGGCUUUCAAAUUAUAUGACCUGGAUAACGACGGCUACAUCACCAGAGACGAGAUGUUGAACAUCGUAGACGCCAUUUACCAGAUGGUGGGGAACACUGUGGAGCUGCCAGAGGAAGAAAACACGCCAGAAAAGCGAGUGGACCGAAUUUUUGCAAUGAUGGACAAGAAUGCAGACGGGAAGCUGACUCUGCAGGAGUUUCAGGAGGGCUCAAAGGCAGACCCUUCUAUUGUUCAGGCGCUGUCGCUCUAUGAUGGGCUUGUGUAGGAAUGCAAGAUGGAUCAGCAUCCUACACGCCGAUCCGGCACCAUCACACCUGUAACGGGAGGAAGCUACGUUUAACACCCCCAGCCCCCUCCGCCGCCGCCCUCCACCUACUCCCUCCACCCCUAACCCCCAGAAGAAGUGGACUGCAAACCUUUUGUCUCACGGGCAUCUGUGUCAAGUAGCUGUUCGUCUGCGUUUCCAGUUAAGGAUUUGUGAACAAAUACUUUCCUCCGACAGGACGGAGACAUUUAUCUGUGCUUCUACCAUCUGCGUGGCCACCGCGUGCACACUUGAGUGUUGUGGACUGUACGAGCGUGUUGUGGUUUUUCCCCACGGACAGUCUGAGGAGCUGAACUCUCUCUGAGGUGUUGGGGGGGGCGAGGAACUGCUGCUUCGUCACCACAUGGAGAGACUCUAAACCCGGGAGGAUGUGGAAAAACCUUGAGUUACAAAGCAGUAUAGUGUAUAUUGUAUAAUGUAAAUAUAAUUUAUUUUCUGCUUUGCUGCGUUUAUGGGAAUUUGACUCCUGAUAAGUAUGGAAUGAAGUUUAAUUUUCUAAUCAAAGGUGUUGAGAUGUAUUGCACUGUAUUUUUCAUUAUUACUGUGAGAUCGUUUUUCCCCCCUCUCUCUCUUUCCCACAUCCUGAAGUUUCCUGGGAGACCAGGGUUUUUAUUUGAAGAAGAGUGUUGAAGGAGCGGGGACUUUUCUAUGGAUUAUUUUACUAUGUUUGCAGUCUGUGCAUCCCAUUGUGUCUCCACUUCCCGGUUAGCACGAGCGUCUGCUCAGCCAACAUCCUGAACGACAUGCACGCCGAGCGACGCAGCGAACUCUCACGGCUCACGUCUGAAUUGAGGCUCAUUAUGUCUUUUGAGAGCACCGCACUCCGCCCUCAGCACUCACACAAAGCCGCCGGCCAUUGAGAGGCACAAACAGACAUCAAUUCUGGUUGUAAAGCUUUUUGCGAGCUCUGUUGUUGCUGUCGUCUAACUUUGUAUUUGUCCCGUGCAAAGCCAGAGCAUGUGAUGAUGCCUUUUAUUUGUCAUUCUUGGACUGUUUUAGUUCCAGCAUUAAGAUGAUUUUAUUAGCUUCACUGAUUUUAUGCCUUAUGCAAAUGAUAAUUUACUAAAUGAUAAAUGUCAUUUACCUGUUCAAGAGCACAGAAUAAAAUGCAUUUAAGUGGAGAACUUUU